AUGGAUCCUGCAUCCGCCCAAGUGCCACCAGUCAAUCGUCGGAGCAAACCCCAACUCUCCUGUAUGUUGUGUCGCCGCAGGAAACUCCGAUGUGACCGCAAGCGACCCUGUUCGGCAUGCACAUCUCGUGGAUUGGCGCUCUCAUGUGGCUAUCCUAAUAAUGAAGCUCCACAAUCACCCUCUGUGACCACGAUUCCCCAGCCCCAGAGGGCCACAAGGCCACAGGUGCCCCACAAUGGUCGCCCCCGGGCAACCGUUCAGGACCGUUUGGGCCAGCUGGAGCAGAUCGUCGUCUCCCUGAUGCAGAAGGCCACUGGCGAUGGCCCAGACCACCCGGACCACCACCCGGUGCCAGGGUCUGCGACCCGAGACUGCCAGAAUGAAGCAGAGACAAUUAGCAGCGAGCAAUCUCCAGCCCAGUCCGAUGGCGGGAGUAUAUGGUUUAAUUCGUCGGAUGCUCAGUACGUCGGCGGAACGCAUUGGGCCGCCAUCCUGGAAGGCAUCGCAGAUCUCAAGCAGCAACUCGCCGGAGAGGACGAUAAGGAUGUAGAAAGGCCGAUGAUGCUACACACAUUCCUGUUGUAUGGAUGCAAGUCAGCGACCAAAGAAGACAUUCUGGCAGCUUUGCCCGACAAGGCUGCCACCGACCGGUACGUUUCGCGGUACUUCAAUCUAUUGGAUUUGGCGCCAUCUUGCAUACACAGUGGCCAAUUCCUACGCGAGUAUGAACAAUUCUGGGAGAAUCCAUCCCAGACUGGAGUCAUGUGGCUAGGGCUCCUCUUCUCUAUGAUAUGUCUUGCAGUACUGGCUUCAAGUGCUACGGGGUCUAGUGCUCCUACAGGAAAUCGUAAUCCGCUGGUGGAUACGUACCGCGAAAAAAUAGUGCAGUGUCUACUUUUGGGCGAGUAUACCAAAUCAGGGAGGUACACCUUUGAAACUCUCUACCACUAUUUAACCAUUGAAUAUUCCAUCCGCAAGGAUGCGGAUCGAGACAUAUGGAUUCUGUCGGGUAUCUCGGUCAAUAUAGCUCUGCGCAUGGGUUAUCACCGGGAUCCAUCCCACCUGCCAGGGAUCUCCCCGUUUGCGGGAGAGAUGCGGCGUAGGGCCUGGGCCACCAUCCUGCAGGGGGAUAUCCUAAUAUCAACCCAGAUGGGUAUGCCUCGGAUGAUAAAGGAUUGGCAGUGCGAUACCGUAGAGCCUCGUAAUCUGAAUGACUCCGACUUCGAUGAAGAUUGUACUGAGCUUCCCCCGUCCAGACCGGAGACGGAGAUCACAACGGUAUCGCAUCUAAUCGCUAGGCGCCGCAUCUUUAUUGCGCUAGGGGCAAUCGUCGAUUUCACAGCAUCGGUACGGCCGGUAGCCUACGACGAAGCAAUGCGACUAGAUCGAGUUCUGCAUGACGCGGAGGCAACAGUCCCUCCUUAUCUCCGCAUGAAGCCCAUGGCAGUGGCAGUGACUGAUCCUCCACAGGUGAUCUUACACCGGCUCUUUCUUAGACUAAUGUUCCACAAAGGCCAGAUCAUGUUGCAUUGUAAGUAUUUAAACCCAGACCUAGUCCGGUCUCUGGAUAGGCGGGCUUUAUACUCUUACUCGCGGAGCUCUUGCAUAGAGGCGGCCUUGGGUAUUUUGGAGAUCCAGCGGAUAUUUGACGAAGAAACGAACCCAGAUGGUCAGCUUUAUACGAUGCGAUGGCGGGAAUCGUCUUUUAUGAAGCAUGAGUUUCUCACCGCUACAAUGCUGCUGUGCUUCCUCGCGCGCCAGAGGCAGGACAGCUCAAUUCCCCCAACAGAUGCCUGCAGCUGGGAUCAAAUUAUGGAAGCAUUGACACUGGCACAUAAGAUAUGGACUAGGUCAAGUAGUUCAUCGAUGGAGGCAAAGACUGCAGCCGAUACCCUCAACAUUGUGCUGGUAACUCUCUCUGGCAAUAGUAAGGUAGACCCAGAGAGGCCAGUCCAAACAAUGCCAUUCACUAUUGGAGGCCUUAAUCAAUAUAGCCUGCAGGAAAGUUUCUAUUAUGGUCUUCCUUUCAUGGGCCCCAGUCAUAUGUUUCCCGGUCCCUUCAUGGAACCGAACCUCGCCUCUCAAUGGCAAACGGUUUGUUUCUAG